UGUAGAUUCCAUAAUUUAUUGAGAACAAAAUUACUUAACAACGGUAGAUUGAAACCAAAAUCAAUUGGAUUUAGGUCAGGGGAACAAGAGGGCCAGUUAUUCAGGAACUGCCUACACACUCUUACCACAUGAGGCCAGGCUUUGUCCUGCAAAAGGAGGAGGUGGGCCUGACUGAGAGCUCGUCCACUGCAUGUCCACCUACACACGUGACCUGCACCUAUUGGACGGUACUAGGUGUCAAUCACACGGUAUCCGCGUUCCAAUUGGUUACAAUGCAUGCAGUGCUUUAUCGGUGACUCUAAACGAGACCGUAUUUUGCAAAAUGACUUGAGAUAAUCUUGAAUAUGAAUCUUGAAAAUGUUUUGUAACCAUUGGAGUCGCCCUCUGCUGGUCAUUCAGAUAAUGCAGGCUUUUGGCACUUCCAUAUUGACUUCACUUUACAGACCAGUAUGCUCAUACAGUAUGCUCCUAUCCGUAUCUUUGAGUCCUACAUUUCCCAUAAUGCAUUUCAAUAAUGCAUUUCAUCAUCUCCUAAAUAUCCAUAUCUUGCAAACCCCACACCUCCACAAUGUAAUGCAGGCUUAAGUCUUGAGCCCAUUUUAAGAUGACCCAAAAAGAAGAUUUUGCAGCACGAAGCGUAACACGAGUAAAGUUGACUUAUUGUAUCAAAUCAGUGGACUGUCCCUUUAAUCACUGUUCAAGAAACCCUCACGAAAGCCAAUCAAAGCAGCUCCUGAGCUUUCACAAUAAAAGCAAACCAUCACCACUUACUUCUCUCCCUGCUGCGCAGUGUAAACGUCAGUAACUCGUCCAGUUUGCCCCUUGAAACCCUGCUCUUGCCCUUCACUCUGCCCCGGUGAUAUUUGUGAUUGGAGCAGAGCUCCACUCUGUCCUGACUGAGCUAAACUUAGCCCUGACACUACCACUCCUCAUCACAACAUGCUCUGCACACCACACCGGGCCACAAUGGAUGGUGUCGUGUUACCACAGAUGCUGCUGUAUCUCACUGGUGACACUGGCAAAACAAGAUGUAGACUUAAAGUCUCUCUCACUCUCUGCACUUGUAUUCCUCUCUGUCGCGAUGGGCAGCUAUAGCUCAGCCCUCAUUGCUGACACAGAGGAGUUUGAUUCUAUUGUGUCAGUGGCGGAGAAGCUGAACGAGCAGAUAGCUCGAGCUGCAGACGAGAGGUUACAGUCAGGGCUUCAGACUCUGGGAAGUAUACAUUUUUUAAUAAUAGUUAUCCAGAAGGCAAACCGUCGCACGGUUACAUUAUCCAGUUAAAUACCACGAUGACUUCGCUCACGUGAAAAAGUUUGUGGUCUGGUAACGCUCAUGAUGGAGGAGGAAAGAAAAGAAAACCAGAGUGAAGAGCUGGAUACCUCAACACUUAAAGAAAGCUGCCAGGGAGCAAGUCAAAAUGGCCCCGCCCUGCCUGCAGCAGAACCAAAAAGAAGUGUGCCCACCCAGUCCUUCUCCUCUCUGCUACCAAAGGCGCUCUCUGCUGUACUACACCGGCCGCCGCCCCCGGCCGUCAACUCCGACCCCCAGUCGAGCAGAAAUCCAGCAACACACUCUUCGCCGAACCUGGAAGACCUGCACACGGAGCUGAGGGAGCUGAGGGACCAGUUUGAACACAUGAAGAGCCAGCACAACAAAGAAAUUAAACUGCUGAUGAAUGAGCUGGACGAGGAGAAAAGGAUCCGCUUGACUUUACAGAUGGAGAUUCAAUAUAUGAAGAAGCACAUGUCCAAAUGACAAUCAUCAAAAGAGAAGAGAUCCUGAUUUGACAAAAAUAAUCAUGUUUAAAUGUCCUGUUGUACACUAAUCUGAUAAAUUAUAUUUUUCUAAGAAGACAAAGAAGACUUAAUGUUUUUACUGAGUCAUUGCUAAAAGUGUUAAGGUCAGAGGUUUAAAAAAAAGAAUCAAAACUCCCAUGGUUCAGUGUUACACUGAGACAAAUAUGUGUUGACUGCUCUCUCUGGAAAUGAGCGGUGCGAGGCCCAGUUACUCUACAGGCCAAUGUCUAGAGGUUUCCAUGUUUCUUGUGGGAACUUAGAUUUCAAAUGAAUGAAUGUUUUGUGUCGAUCUGAAUACAAGUUGAAGAUCAUCACUGUUAAAUUGGUUUUCAAUCUUUUGUCCUGUACAUGUUUAAUUUAAAUGUGUCCAUUAUCCAACUGUGUAGGAACUCGACAGUGAAACAGAAGCAGAGAGGAGGAGGAGGAGGAGGAGAAGUGAGAGGCAGCAGUUAGUCUGCACAGCCGAGAGCUGAGCUGCCAUUUCUUUAUAAUCAUGCAGAGACGCAGACACGAAGCUUCAUUCAUAUUGUAGGCGCAUAUAUUAUUUCAACCAAGGUAAUAACUUUAAAGCUUUUUGAUCAUCUUAACCAUUGACAGCGGCUGUCAGUUGAAUAAUUGGUUGUUUAUGUGUGGGAGCAUUUGAAUUUAUUAAAGACGCUGGAGCUG